AUGGCGGGAUCUGUAAUAUGCGCUCAGCGUUUCUCUUCAUCAGUUACCAACACCGCUACAAGGCAAGCACUCCAUCCAUUCACUGUUGAGUUGCCAAUACACGUUGUCCUCGUCGUCGUGCACUGCCGUUCCACCUCGUCAUCUCCACUACAUCACAGUCCUCUCAUCGCUGACUUCCAGUCCACUCUACCUUCGCGAGCCUUCCUCGCUGCGCCCGGCUUCUCAGCCACAGGAAUUUCGUCUCGUCUUGUCAGACAGUUUGGUUCCCAUUGGUGGUCGCCCAGGGACUUCGCCCCCGCCAAUUCCUCACCGUUCUCUCUCGCUCGAGCCCAGGGAUGGGGCGGGUACUCAUCAUCUUCGGACAUCAUCACUUCUGGCUCUGAGCAAGCUUCCAACCUCACCGGCCUUCAAUCUCAUCGGCUUCCAACCUCAUCGGACGAUCCUCCAACAGCCGCCUCCACUAUUCACUAUUAA